AUACUGCACCAUCAUAUUGCUGCUGUGGAAAAACUUGCCUUGACUACUUCUGGCUGCCCCCUAGUGAUCCAGUGCAAGAACUUCAGGGUAGUUCACUUCAUUGUUCCCAGAGAAAGGGAUUGUCAUGAUAUUUAUAACUCCUUGCUUCAGCUUUCAAGGCCAGCAAGAUACGAUGAGCUGUAUGCAUUCUCAUACAACCCGAAGCAGAAUGAAGUGGAGAGGGUGCAAGGGUGGCAGAUCAUUGAUCUGGCAGAGGAAUACAAUCGGAUGGGUGUGCCAAACUCUGACUGGCAUUUAUCAGAUGCAAACCGUGAUUAUAAGAUCUGUGAAACAUAUCCCAGAGAACUUUAUGUUCCCCGGAGUGCAAGCAAGCCUAUAAUUGUUGGCAGUUCUAAGUUCCGAAGCAAAGGAAGGUUCCCUGUGCUGUCAUAUUAUCAUAAAGUUAAUGAGGCUACCAUUUGCAGAUGUAGUCAGCCUCUCUCAGGAUUCAGUGCCAGAUGUUUGGAGGAUGAACACAUGUUGCAAGCAAUCAGUAAAGCCAAUCCUACUAACAACUAUAUGUAUGUUGUAGACACCAGACCUAAACUGAAUGCAAUGGCAAACAGAGCAGCAGGUAAAGGCUAUGAAAAUGAAGAUAAUUAUUCCAAUAUUAGAUUCCAAUUUGUUGGUAUUGAAAACAUCCAUGUAAUGAGGUCCAGCCUGCAGAAACUAUUGGAAGUCUGUGGGACAAGAGGGCUGUCAGUCAACGACUUUCUGUCCGGUUUGGAAAGCUCUGGUUGGCUGCGACACAUCAAAGCCGUUUUGGAUGCUGCCAUCUUCCUAUCCAAAGCCAUAGCUUUUGAGGGUGCAAGUGUACUUGUACAUUGCUCUGACGGUUGGGACCGGACGUCUCAAGUGUGUUCCCUGGGAUCUGUACUGUUGGAUCCAUUUUACAGAACAAUUAAGGGAUUCAUGGUUUUGAUAGAAAAAGACUGGAUUGCUUUUGGACACAAAUUUUCAGACAGAUGUGGUCAACUGGAUGGUGACCCAAAGGAAAUCUCACCAGUGUUUGCCCAGUUUUUAGAAAGCGUCUGGCAUCUGACAGAGCAGUUUCCCCAAGCUUUUGAGUACAAUGAAGCUUUUCUCCUUCAGAUCCACGAACACGUCCAUUCCUGCCAGUUUGGAAACUUCAUUGGAAACUGCCAGAAAGAACGGGAAGAACUCAAGCUUAAAGAGAAGACUUAUUCACUGUGGCCUUUCCUUCUGGAUGAACACCAGAAAUAUCUAAACCCUUUCUACAAUGAGAGUUUUUCUCAGUCACUUACAGUCAUGGAACCUGACACAAUAUCCUUUAAUUUUAAGUUUUGGAGAAAUAUGUAUCACCAGUUUGAUCACACAAUGCAUCCAAGGCAGUCUAUCCUCAAACAUGUCAUGACCCUGAGUGAACAAAACAAAAUUAUGGAGAAAGAAAUUAAGGAACUGGAAGCUAAACUUGAGUGCCACGGAAACAAGGAGUUGGAUACACUUUUCACCAAGGAGCCUUUGCAGUCUGUUAGUCCUGGGUCCCUCGUCCUGAAAACGCCUCCGUGCUUUAAGAAAGAGCAGCCAAUCUUACAUGGCAGUGACUGCAUUCGAACAGUAGAGGGCUCCAAUGCAGCAGACAAUCGGUACAGCGAAUACAUGGAAGAACUCUCUAAAGCUGAGCCCAAUGUUGUCACUCUGGAGUAUGGAGUAGCAAAAAUGACAUGUUGAGUAUCACAUAGCGCAUUGUGGGCUGGAAAGACAGAAGUUCAAGACGAAAGGGCAUUAUGAGACUGGUCUCCUGGAGCAUGAACCCCCCCCAAAAAAAAGAGUAAUGGAAAGCCUCCUUAAUGUAGACAAGAACUACACAUUGGUUUUUUUUAAAAGGCGUACUGUGGGGAGUAAUUGAAUUUAAGAGUAUCAGAAGAAUUGUGGCAAAUUUAGUAAACCUUCUGUGGCUUGAAUGGAGCGGUUUAACUAGGAUAGUAUAACAUAUGACAGUUUGCACUAGAUAACUCAGAAUGUUCUUUAAUGUGUUGAUUGCCAAAUGGCUAAUGGCCUCUGAAGAGAUGCUUCUCACACUAAAUAGGCUAUUUAUUGGGACUGUUGAAUGUAAAUAUAUGUUUGUGCGUAUACAGUGUAUGUGUACUGCUAUUUAAUCUGAUGCUUGUUACUAAAUUUAUGAUAACUCAGUUGCCAUUGAAAGUACUGUAUAUUAUACUAGAAAGUGCUAUUCUUAACAAUUUUCAGCCUGCAAUACCUCAGAGAAUGCACAGGGACUUCUUGAAAUUUGUUUCCAUCAGAAUAAUACAAUUAGAUUUAAGAUCUAAGUGGGAGAUGCUUAGUAGUUUUUGCCUAUGGACAUAUUUGUUUGCAUCAGUAGCUAUAGAAUGCCAGAUCCUUUUCUUUAAAUGUCCUUUUAUAAUAAUCUGAAAAAUUGGUUGGCUACACUGUUAAUGGAUUGAAACUGCACCCAUGAGGCUGUGCAUUUUCUGCAUACUUCUUCCCUGGCUAGCUGAAAGUGGUAAGAGGAGAUUUGUAAUCUUUGUGUACCUGUAGACUGUGUAUGUGUUUUCCUUUCAAUUAGAACAAAACCGGUAGUAAGCAAAGUCUUUGUUUCAAAUUGGUUAUGCUUUUGGAUAUUCCACGUAUUUGGCAGCUGCCUACAAACCAAUUUAGGUAAUCAAAGAAAAAUACAAUUUUGGGAGCAGCACCUAUUCUUCACUGCACUGGUGGCUAGGUGUAUGAUUUUUAUUCCUUUUGAUGAUCUGUUUUUAAAACAAGCAGCUUUGGUUUUUUUCUCUUUGAAAAGAUGCCACUCUUAAUCAGUAGGCAUGCUGCAUUAGCAAAAUUUGUGAACAGUUGCCCUCAGAUAACAGAGUGAGCAGCUUCUCUUGCUUGAGAACUGAGGGAGAAAAGACACCAAGUUUACAGGCCAGCUGGCUCUAGUCUGUCUAAAGCCACUUGCUUUAAAAGCUUGUUAAUGAUCACAUCUUCAACAUGCAGUUAUACUACCUGGGAUUGAAAUGAUCUCUAGUUAACAAGAUGACUUUGAUUAGGAGGGUUAUGUUGUAUAUCUCAUAUAGGUAAAUCAAAUGUGUUCCCAGCAUGGUUGUUUCUUGGUGAUCAGAAUAGAGAUUGGAUUUGCUUUCAGUCCAUGAUCCUCCUCUGUUGGCUUUUCCUAAUUUGUUUUUACGGUCCAAAUGAAAGAAAAGAAAUGAGCUUUGAGAGCUGAGGUUAUAAACAUGUACGCCUUGCGGUAUACAGCCCCCUGGGUGGUAGAGUAGGUUGAUUUGUACCUGAGGGAUCAAAUGCUUCUUUGGCUCAAAGUGAAAAUUAGUUUAGACUCGCUUUAAUCCCUGAAGGCUGUUUGUUCAAAACUGGCCACACGGCACACAACAAAACGUGACACAGAGUUGGUUGUGUUUCCCUUGCCCCAAGUGGGGAUCCUGCUGUUCAUAAACGGGAGCAAUACAGGUCAUUCCACAAGUUUUUCAUUGUGAUGUGUUAACAGAAGGAAGAAGUUGAAGGCGUGUAUUCUUCAGCAUUGUCUUAAUGAUGUUUUUGCCAAUGGUGGGUGAGAGGAGAAAGGUAAUUCCAGCAUUUCGUGUAAUAAAUCCUAUAUCAACUGUAUAAUCCUGCAUCAACUGUAUAUUCUUGCAUUUCCUGCCAUUUUAAACAAGGUGCGAAUUUUGCAUUGACAUUGAUUUUGAGGGAAAUAUGCAGCUAGAGAAAUCUGUGCCUUUUGCUUGUUUCUCCUAGUUUUCUGCUGUGGGUCGGUAUGUUACUUAAAACACUGAAAAUACAAGGCUAAAUGUGGUUUCACUGUUUUGUGUGCAUUUUUAAUACCUAUAAAAAUAACCUGUAUAUAAGGCCUCUUGUAGGCCUACAGAAUUAAUGUCUUAUACUAAUCCUUGCAUAAUGGGGGAGAAAGCAUUCUUGUUAUGAAUGUUCCAGGAAAAAUAUAUUUGAUGUUAAAUGUAUUACCUGAAGUUA